AGCCAGGAGAACAAGUGAGAUAAUCCAUCCACAAUACGAGUGCUGCCAGUAUGGAGGGAGAUCCUCUCUCAGCCCUGUUUACUCCUGCUUUUGUGAUGGAUGUGGACAAAGCGAAGAGGAAUGCCCAGAGGAUGAUCGAGCGCUGCCAGAAACUGGGAGUCCAGCUUCGUCCACACAUGAAGACCCACAAAACCCUUGAGUGUGCUGACAUUAUGACGGGUGGAUCACAGAGGUGCAUAGUGGUUUCCACCCCGGCAGAGGCCUGUUUCUUUGCUGACCAUGGAUAUGAUGACAUCCUCUAUGCCUACUCUAUUCCCUUUGAUAAGGUAGAGCGUUGUGCAGCCCUGUCAGAGAGACUGGAUCUCAUCCAGAUUUUAUUGGACCAUCCUGAUGCUUUGGAGCAGCUCCGAAAAAGACCCCUGAGAGAUGGUCGGCAGUGGCACGUCUGGCUCAAACUCGACUGUGGCAAUGGGAGAGCUGGCGUCCUGCAUUCGGAGCCAGGAGCGCUCAAACUGGCUGAAGCCAUCGCUAAGACGGAGGGCGUGGAACUUAGAGGAGUGUACGCCCACUGUGGGAAUACCUAUUACUGCACAGGAGUUGAGCAAAUACAGGCUGUUGCCCAGGAAACCACCAAACUGACUCUGCAGUUCAUUGAAAAGCUGAAAGUUUAAAAAAAUACAUGUACACUGACUCA